AUGCAAAGUCCACGCAUACAACCUUUGAAUAAACAGAAUAUUGUCGCAGGGAAGUAUGUCCUUCUUUUGGUUCGAUGUAUUCGUUCACAACAAUCACCUUCGUUUUCAUUUGCAUCUCAAAAAGCCAAUGAACACGGCGUACCAAUUCUUGUCACAUUUAUUUAUCAACCAGAUCAGUAUAAUUUGGCGCAACGAAAAUUUCUUUUAGAAGGACUAAUUUGUUUGCAAAAUAAUCUAUCGCGUUUGCAUGCACCCUUGUUAGUUGUAAAGGCGAGCGGUAAUGAAGAAGCUACAGAAAUUAUUUUGAAACUAUCUGAUGUAGCCUGUGAAGUGAUCAUAGAUGCUGCCUAUUUACGCGAAGAUCGCAAUUUUGAUGAAAAUCUUAACGAUAAGCUUGUAAUGAAAUGUCGCAGAUUCACAAAAGUUGAAGGGAAUGUCACUAUACCUGUGGCGACCUUAUGCAAUAAGCCAGCUUACAAUGCUAAUACAAUUCGGAAAGUGGCAUGGCAUUUCCUUGACGAUUUUCUUCUUGAAAAGUGGAAUGUUACCCCAAAAAUUUACUGUGAAUCAUGGGAAAGUAUAGUAGAAUAUAACUUGGAAUGUAUGGACAUCUCGUCGGAGUGUACGAGAGCUUACAAUGACUGCAGAACAAGCAGUGUAUUGAAAGGUGGAGAAGAUGCUGCGCUGCAAGUCUUAGACUAUUUCAUUGUUAAUAAUUUAAACACAUAUGAUGAAGAAAGGAAUAUCCCGAACAGUGGAAAGCAGAGUCUUCUUUCACCUUACAUCCACUUUGGCAUGUUGAAUCCAAUUAUGAUUGUUGUUAAAGUCAAACAGUCCGAAGCACCAAAAUCUGCCAAAGAUGCAUUUUUGGAAGAACUGGUUGUUCGGCGGGAGCUAGCGCAUAAUUUUGUUUACUACUACAGAGACACCUACGAUACAUUUGAUUGUUUACCUGAGUGGGCAAAGAAAGCGAUGGAUGAACAUCGUCAUGAUAAACGGGAAUAUAUUUAUAGUUACAAAGAGCUAGAAGAAGGUUGUACGCAUGAUGUUUAUUGGAAUGCAGCACAAUUUGAACUUGUUUUCACUCAUAAAAUGUCGGGUUAUCUUCGUAUGUAUUGGGCGAAAAAAGUAAUCGAAUGGUCUCACGAUUAUGAAUUCGCUUACGCUUUUCUUAUUGAACAAAAUGACAAAUAUGAAUUAGAUGGACGAGAUCCCAAUGGCUAUUGUGGUGUUAUGUGGAAUUUUGGAAUGCAUGAUCGAGCUCAUGCGAACAGACCAGUGUUUGGGAAGAUACGUUAUAUGUGUGCAGAUGGAUUACGGAGGAAGUUCCGAAAUCAUAUUGAUGAGUAUGUUAAUAUCAAUUACAGACGUGCAGGUCGUACGUUAGAGCUAAAUAACCAGGAUCAAACAAAACGACGAAAGCUUCACAAGAUCUUGAGCCAAAAAUAA